CCUAGUUGCCACCCGUCUCAUCUCCCUGAGGGAUGGUUCUUGAAGGGCCUCCUGAGCUGAUCUAUGGCCCCAAGGCCACCAGAGAUAACAGUGAUGGCUGGCUAAUGACCAACACCUGGAACAAAUGGCUGCCACAAGGACUGGGAGAUGGGCUAUCAUCCCAACCCCAGCCCAGCACUCUAGCCACUAUGCCCUACUGCUUCUCUGCUCUGAAAUACCAUUAAGCUUGUAUUUGCUGAAUUUAAUAUUUAAUAGAUUUAGAUGCUGCUUACCAUGUAUGUACAAACAUAUGUAUGCAUAUAAUAUUUAAGCAACAAUUGCAGUAGCAGUACCCUGAAACUGCACUUUCUUCAUAUACAGUUGAUUUUAUUUUAAAUUGUGAAGUCUAGAAUAAAGUCGAUUUUACACAACCAUGGAAAGAUUACAACAGCAAAUAGGAUCUUAGUUAGAAAUUAUGCUUGAUGGAAUUCUGGCUUAUGUGUAAAAAUAUAGCAUCAUAAGUAGGUUCUAGAGAUCAUAUAUUUAUAACUCUGCCCAGUUCUACUACUAUUAUUUUUAACUGUCUGGUAAGUGUAAUUAAAUGUGCAAUAACUUCUCUGGAACAUUUGAAGGCAUUUUAAAUACCCACACUAUAUUGAAGAUAAUUUUAUUACUAAACUUUCAAACCAGAGGGUCAAAUUAUCUUUGAGUAAUUUGACAGGGAACAAAUUAUGUCUGAAUCAUAUUCUUAAAAAUCAUGUUUGCUAUUCAUGUUCUGUUGUUCCUUGAAAAUCUUGAACUUGCAGUGAUAACUAGACUGUUCAGGUUCACUGUUUCUUUGGCAGAAGUUCCACAUGGAUUCAAGGCCAAGCUUCCAAAAACCCUCUCCAGGAUAUGAAAGGUCACUCUGGAUAGCUAUUCCAAGGCAAUAGAGGAAACUAAGCAGCUAUUCCAAGGGAAAGACAGACCCUCAAAAGUUGAAGCAGUAGCACUACUGCAAUUUCGCUCUGGCCUUAAAGUGGUAGUCUCCAAACUUUGACAGUCUGAAUAGAGCACCCUAAACCCAGAAACACUAUGCUACUAACCCCGCCCCCAGUGUGACGUUUACCGAAUCAACGGGGCUUGGCGUCAUCCUUCGAAACGCAGAGGCGCUUGCGUGCGCCCGCCCACUUGACGGCUUCCAACAUGGCCGCCCUAGCAACGGCAGCGCCUGUGGGGGCUACCAGGUACCGCCAGAAUGACAGCUGUUUCAGUACUCCACGUGCUGUUCAACCUUUUCCAAAUGGGAAGAUGAAAGCUGAUCAAGUUAAGAAAACUGAAUUUAUAAGGACAAGAGAUAAGCUAAAAAACCAACUUGUGAACAUUGAAAAGGAUAAAAAUAUCCUUCUUUUCAACAAGAAGAGUGACUUCAGGAAGGAAUAUUGUACCCUGGAAGAACUAGAGCACAAACUGACUAAAAACCGGAAAGCAGAAAAAGCUAAGAUUCAGCAAAAACUGGCCAGAAUUCAUAACAAUGUUAAGGGGCUUCAGCGACAGUUAAAAGAUGUGAAGCCAACCCCAGAAUUUGUUGACAGACUCAGAGAAAUGAUGGAAGAAACUGAAAUGGCAAUCAAUGCUUUUAAAGAAGAACAAAGACAAAUAUACGAAGAGCUUAUAAAAGAGGAAAAGACUGCUACUAAUGAGCUUAACGCCUUGGAGAGAAAAAUAGAGAUGUGGACAUUAGGAACUUCAGCAACAGGAAGAAUUUUCAAGCAAGGACUACUUCCAUUAGAUAAGGAAAUCCAAACCCAUCUGCCUGAAGAAGUACUUGAGCUUGAAAGAUUUCUUCAACAGACAGGUGGGAGACAAGGAGGCUGGGACGAAUGUGAUCAUCAGAUCUUUUUGAAAGUUUGGACAAAGCAUAAAGGAAAACCAUCAUAUAUAAAUGAAGCCCUUGAUUAUCUCCCUGACAAAACAAGGGAGACUAUUCAACAGCAUGAGAAAUGGCAUCAAGAAUUUCUAAUUUUAGAGGCACAAAAAAAGGAGUCCAUUCAAAAAUGGAAGAUGAAUAAGCAACAAGAAAGACAGAAAAUCUUAGCUGAAAAGGAGAAGCCAGUGCUCAAUGCAGCCAAAUUUCAGCAUGAAGAAGCUCAGAAACAAAAAGCUGAUGAGGAAAGAAAAAAACGACUUGUGGAGCUCAAAGAAUGGAAAAAACAUAAAGCAGUUGCAUUUGCAAUGAAACAAGCAGCUCAGUUGCAAGAAGAAGAAGAGAAGGAGAAGAAAAAGCAAAGAGAACAUAAACGACAGUUUCAGAUGAAGUUGCUGCUGGAGGAGUAUACUAGGAAAAAGAAAGAACAAGAAGAGUGUUUGAGACUUGACAAGGAGAAAAGGGAGGAAGCUGAAAGGGAAGAGAAGAGAAGAACUGCUGCAGAACAAAUUGUUAAGUUCCAAGAACGGAAAGGAGAGAGGAACCAGCUACAUGUGCUUUUUCCUGAACAUAUAUUCUCCACCUUGAAGAUUGCAUGCUGGGCUCACUGUCUUGGAAUGAACAGGAGGGAAGAUGUGGGUAAGAGAAACAAGCCUAAAUUCUGUCUUCAGGACAGAGAUUUGUUACAUGUUUCCAUUUUGAAGGAUGUAGCUCAGCUGUUUAAAGUGGCCUUCUCUAUCUCUUGCCACAGAGGAAGAAAAGCAAACACAGUGGAACCACUCUAGCCUAACCUCCCCCCCGCCCCAUUACAUACUCUCUGCUAGAGACAGAAGGGACAGAAUUGGCUAACUGCUCUCUUUUUCCCAAAAAGAGAGGAAGUAGAGGAAAUGCAAACUAUGUUCAGCCUCUGUAAUAACGCUGUGGAGACUGUUAACAAGCUGAGAGCCAUAUUCCUAGACUAAAAGCCUUGGCUCUGUAAGGGCAAAAAGAAACAGAUGUUGUUUUGUUCUGUUUCUUUCUGAAAUGCAUAUCUCACACUUUGGUGGUGGACUGGCAUUUCCAGGAAAACUUGAACAUUUUUAAAGGCUGCAUUCCUGUUGACAUGUCACUAGCAAAACAAAAAUUGUGAUGGAAGCUGAAAGGGCAAACUGUGAUGGUGCUGGGGUUGCUGUUGUACUACCAACUUUUAACAUAGCAGGGGGAUGGCAGGGCCACAGUAUGGGCCAGGGUUGAAUGUGGCCUAUGGGUCACAUGUUGUCCACCCCAAUCUAAUGUAAAACCACUCUAGGGGCUUGUCACUGAAGAUAAAAGUAAAAAUACCUUACACACACACACACACACACACACACACACACACACACACACAUUUAAACAC